AUGGUUCUACAAGAAGAUAUAAAGCUACAAGCUGGUGAUUACGCUGUACAUUUGGAUUUGAUAUCCAAAAUCCGCGGAUUAAACAGCGCCGAGAAGUUCUUCGAAGACUUACCGGAUCAAAUGCGAGGCCACGCAGCUUGCACAUCUCUCCUCCAUAGCUAUGUGCAGAACAAGCUCUCUGAUAAAGCAGAGGCCUUGUUUGAGAAAAUGGCGGAAUGUGGUUUCUUGAAGUCGUGCCUGCCUUACAACCACAUGUUAUCAAUGUACAUAUCGCAAGGUCAGUUUGAGAAAGUCCCGGCGAUGAUUAAGGAGCUGAAGAGCAAAACGUCGCCAGAUAUCGUCACGUAUAAUCUAUGGCUCACUGCGUUUGCCUCCGGAAACGAUGUGGAAGCUGCGGAGAGAGUUUAUCUCAAGGUGAAGGAAGCUGAUUUGAGUCCAGACUGGGUGACUUACAGCGUGUUAACGAAUCUGUACGCUAAGACUGAGAAUCUUGACAAGGCGAAACUUUCUUUGAAGGAGAUGGAGAAGCUAGUCUCGAAGAAGAACCGUGUUGCUUUCGCUUCUCUGAUAAGUCUGCAUGGGAACUUGGGAGACAAAGAUGGAGUCAACUUGACAUGGAAGAAGAUUAAGUCAUCUUUCAAGAAGAUGAAUGAUGCGGAGUAUCUCAGCAUGAUCUCUGCAGUGGUGAAGCUUGGAGAGUUCGAACAAGCGAAAGGUUUGUACGACGAGUGGGAAUCUGUUUCAGGGACGAGAGAUGCUAGAAUCGCGAAUCUGAUCCUUGGAGAGUACAUGAACAGAGACGAGAUCCAUUUGGGGGAGAAGUUUUACGAACGGAUAGUGGAGAAAGGGAUAAACCCGAGCUAUUCGACAUGGGAGAUUCUCGCACGGGCUUAUCUUAAGCGGAGAGACAUGGAGAGAGUAGUGGAUUGUUUUGGGAAAGCUAUUGACUCUGUGAAGAAGUGGAGUGUGAAUGAGAGAUUGGUUAAAGAAGUGUGCAAGGAGCUUGAGGAACAAGGUGAUGUUAAAGGAGCAGAGAAGUUUAUGAGUAUUCUCCAUAAGGCUGGUCAUGUGAACACUCAGCUGUACAAUUCGUUAUUACGUACAUAUGCCAAAGCUGGUGAAAUGGCACUUAUAGUUGAAGAGCGAAUGGCGAAGGACAAUGUAGAGCUAGAUGAUGAGACUAAGGAGCUUAUAAGACUAACAAGUCGAAUGCGUGUGACUGAGAUCUCUUCCACCAUUUCUUGA